AGCUGGGUUCAGAGGAGCAGGCCUGGGGGGUCAGCAGCUACUGCCCUGCCUUGGGUGGGGCCAAGGGGCGCGAUUUGGGAGGGCGGGGAUCAGAGGAUGCUUCGAGUGGGAGGAGCCUUGGGGUUAUCGCAGUAGGCGAGGGCCAGAUUAGUUGAGAGUGCGGAGCUGGAUCCCCGUUCUGGCUGGCGGGGCCUUGAGGGUCUUUUCCGAGGGGGCGAGGCCUGGAGAGUGCUGGGGGCGAGCGCGCAGCGAAGGGGCAGGCCUGAAAUGGCCCAUCCCAGAAUGCCCAGAGCUUCUAGACCUGGAAACAUGGCCAUGAGAUUGAAUAAUGGGUUGCCUCUUUUUAAGACCAUUCUCCAAACCACCAUACUAAUCUACCUUCCAAAACAUGCAGCGCGCCGGCCUGGGAAAAGGAGCAAGAUGGCUGACUCCGAAGAGGGUGUUUUGCCGCUGACGGCUGCUUCCACUGCCCCAAUUUCAUUCGGCUUCACUCGCACGUCCGCACGGAGGCGGCUGGCCGACUCGGGAGACGGAGCGGGGCCAUCUCCGGAGGAGAAGGAUUUCUUGAAAACCGUGGAAGGGAGGGAGCUGCAGAGUGUGAAGCCCCAGGAGGCCCCCAAGGAACUCGUCAUCCCUUUGAUCCAGAAUGGCCAUCGCAGGCAGCCACCAGCCCGGCCCCCUGGGCCAUCCACAGAUACUGGGGCCUUGGCGGAUGGGGUGCUGUCCCAGGCUGUGAAGGAGCUCAUUGAGGAAUCCAAGAAGUCUCUGGAAGAGAGAGAGAAUGUGGGUGUCGACCCUACGCUCGCUAUCCCCAUGAUCCAGAAAGGAUGCACCCCCAGCGGGGAAGGGGCAGACAGCGAACCCCGGGCAGAGACAGUGCCAGAGGAGGCUAAUUAUGAGGCGGUCCCCGUGGAGGCCUAUGGGCUGGCCAUGCUGCGGGGCAUGGGCUGGAAACCUGGCGAGGGCAUCGGCCGCACCUUCAAUCAAGUAGUGAAGCCCCGUGUCAACUCACUGAGGCCCAAGGGGUUAGGGCUGGGUGCCAACCUGACCGAUGCCCAGGCCUUGACCCCCACUGGCCCCUCCCGCAUGCCAAAGCCAGAUGAGGAGCAAGAGAAAGAUAAAGAAGAUCAGCCUCAAGGGCUGGUGCCUGGAGGAGCUGUGGUGGUUCUUUCUGGCCCUCACCGAGGCCUCUAUGGAAAGGUGGAAGGCCUCGAUCCUGACAAUGUUCGGGCCAUGGUUCGUCUAGCUGUGGGGAGCCGGGUGGUGACUGUUAGUGAGUACUACCUGCGGCCUGUCUCCCAGCAGGAGUUUGACAAGAACACCUUGGAUCUCAGGCAACAGAACGGAACUGCCACAUCACGGAAGACCCUCCGGAAUCAAGAACUCCACAUCCAGCAGGACAACCCAGAGAGGAAGCGGAAACACCUUCCAGACCGACAGGAUGGGCCUGCAGCCAAGAGUGAGAAAGCAGCCCCCAGGAGUCAGCACUGGUUGCACAGGGACCUGCGCGUGCGGUUUGUGGACAACAUGUACAAAGGAGGCCAAUAUUACAACACCAAGAUGAUAAUUGAAGAUGUCCUAAGCCCAGAUACCUGUGUAUGUCGGACAGAUGAAGGCCGAGUCCUGGAAGGCCUGAGGGAAGACAUGCUGGAGACCCUGGUUCCCAAGGCAGAGGGUGACCGUGUGAUGGUGGUACUGGGCCCACAGGCUGGAAGGGUAGGACAUUUGCUGAGCCGGGACAGAGCACGGAGCCGGGCUUUGGUGCAACUGCCAAGAGAAAAUCAAGUGGUGGAGCUUCACUACGAUGCCAUCUGCCAGUACAUGGGCCCUAGUGACACAGAUGAUGACUGACCCAUGGGACUCCUCCCAUCCCCCAGGCUGGUACCAGUUCUGUACCAUAUGAGAAAGUUGCCUUCAGAAGGUGGGAAGAUCAUUGUUCCAUCCUCUACUUCUGGUGCCGUCCUGGGACAAGGACAAGGGAAAGGGAUGGGUGAACCAGUAGGGAAGCUAGAAACAAACCCAAUAUUUACCAAAAUUUAGGGUAUAAUAAAAACCAUUUCAAGUACUUAAUAGAAA